CUUUUGCUUUUCUGGUCAACAAAGUUGACUUGCAUUCCAGAAGAACCUAUGGAAAAGGGAGGCCCCUGUGUGUCUGGGACAGCACUAACCAUCUUGAUGACUGAGUCUUCUCAUUGAGUAGGCCACAACCGGAAAAGCGCUUCUUCAUUUAAAGUUGUUGACUGUUGACUGUUGACUGUUGACUGGACAAAUGGACUACAGCAAGUAUGAAGCCACACUCGCUUCACCAGAGCAUGGCAGGCGAUAAAAAUUCCUCCGUGGGCACAUAGCCCUCAUUCCUACUUCAACCAGCCAGCUAGCCAAUAAUCGUUGCUCUUUUGUACGUGGAGCAUCUUCCUCUUCCUCCUCGUCUCGAUUAUAGGCCUAUCGAAUAGCAAGAUGAGUAAAUUUCUUGUCAUACCCCUCCUGCUUGCUCUUGUCAACCAUGGAACCAAACUGGCCAGAGCGUGGGAUGACCAAGAUUUCUUCACAUACUGCCCACCGUCCAAGUGCAGCAAACAUGGCCCGGAGAUCAGGUUUCCUUUCCGGCUUGAAUCCAGCAAUACAUCAUCAUUAUGUGGCAUAUCGUGCCACAAAUUUGCAUGCUCUGGCCAAGAUACCAUCCUAGACCACCAGUAUCUCGGCCGAUGCAACGUGACCGCAAUAGAUUACAGACAUAAGCUCCUGACAAUCAUUCCGCUUGUAAACUCCUUAUCCCCUUGCCUGCUUCAGACACUCAUCUCCAAAAGCAUACCAUUUGAUAACAGUCUCAGAUCAGAUUACCUGGAAUAUGCAACCCUAGUAUGCUGCUCAAAAGAUAUCAUGCCAGAUAAUGAUGCUGCCAAUUAUUUUGUUGGCCCGGUCUCCUGCCUUAGCAACGCAACCCACUUCUCAUAUAUGGUGGACGCUCUUAUGUCCAUGUCUGUUCUUCCAUUGGACUGCAAGGUUGUCUCGGAUGGAGUCAUUCCAAUACCCUUACAUAACACAAUAACAAGGCCCUCGAGAUUCAAGGGAAGUGCAGAAAGAAUCCUCGGUUUUGCUGAGAUGACAAUCAGUUCGGAAUGUCCAAACAAAUGCUCAUCAUAUUUUCCCUACACCUGUGAGGCAAGCUGUGAAUUUGAUGGGGGGAGAUGUGCAUUCAGCUCAGAGAGGAAUCAAUCAUUUUGCAUGCCUAGUCGCCACGGUUCACAUGUCAAAGUUAUUGCAGCUACAUUAUCGGUGGCCACAUUAGUUGUUCUUUUUCUGGUAGUGACUAUUGUGCUCUAUCUUUCACUGAAGACAAGAUAUAGCGAAGAGAUCCAUCUGAAGGUCGAAAUGUUUCUAAAGGUAUAUGGCACAUCAAAACCUACAAGGUACACUUUUGCUGAAGUUAAGAAGAUAUCAAGACGUUUUAAGGAAAAAAUAGGGCAAGGAGGAUUUGGAAGUGUAUACAAAGGCGAGCUACCUAAUGGAGUGCCUGUAGCAGUCAAGAUGCUAGAGAACUUUACAGGAGAGGGAGAAGUAUUCAUCAAUGAAGUUGCAACCAUGGGACUAAUUCAUCAUGCAAAUAUUGUCCGCCUCCUAGGAUAUUGCUCCGAAGGAACUAGACGAGUUCUUAUUUAUGAAUUCAUGCCUAACGAAUCACUGGAGAAAUACAUAUUCUCCCAUGACUCCAGUAUUUUUCUUGGUCUGCUAGUACCUGACAAGAUGCAAGAUAUUGCCUUAGGAAUCGCCCGAGGAAUGGAGUACCUGCAUCAAGGUUGCAACCAACGCAUCCUCCACUUUGACAUCAAGCCUCACAAUAUCUUGCUGGACUACAGCUUCAAUACAAAGAUCUCAGACUUUGGGCUAGCAAAGCAGUGUGCAAGGGACCAAAGCAUGAUUACCUUAACCGCAGCAAGAGGCACUAUGGGCUACAUAGCACCAGAAUUGUACUGUAGAAACUUCGGGGGGGUAUCCUACAAGUCAGAUGUGUACAGUUUUGGCAUGCUAGUACUAGAAAUGGUGAGUGGAAGGAGGAACUCAGACCCAAGUACUGAGAGCCAGAACGAUGUAUACCUCCCAGAGUGGAUCUACGAUAAAGUGAUCCUUGGGGAGGAAUUGGUGCUUACUUCAGAAAUGACAAAUGAAGAGAGAGAAAAGGUGAAACGGCUAGCUAUUGUGGCACUAUGGUGUAUUCAGUGGAACCCAAAAAACAGGCCAUCAAUGACAAAGGUGGUAAACAUGUUGACGGGGAGGUUGCAGUCUUUGGAUAUGCCCCCUAAGCCCUUUGUUUCGUCUGUUAACUGCCCUAUGCCAUAAAACAUGAAGACCACUCUGCCAUAUGGUGUAACAGUAAUACGAAGUAUAGUACGUAUUAGAGUGAUACUGCUAAUCCACAUGCUGCACUGUAGUGCUGUACCUAGCAGCAUCAUGUAGUAAUAGUAUUCAUUAGAAACAUAUGACACUGGGUUUGA